ACCUCCCGCAAGCAACCAACACGCUCUUCACCAUCUCUAUCAGUUUCGCAGGGGCACCGCAUCCUGCCAUAGGAACAGCCCCAAUUGCCCGCAAACCACCAAAAGCUGCGGUAUUUUUGGCCAAUUAGCCUCAUGUGAUCUGCAUCUGCAUCUGCUCUGCUCCCAAAAGCAACCAGCUUUCCUCUCUUUUCUCCCCUUCUCUCUCUCUCUCUCUCUUCCCCUCUUGCUCGGUUUCCUGCCAGGCUCAUGGCGUCGACAGCUUCGAGAUUCAUCAAGUGUGUGACGGUCGGGGAUGGAGCUGUUGGGAAGACCUGCAUGCUCAUCUGCUACACCAGCAACAAGUUCCCAACUGAUUAUAUACCGACGGUGUUCGAUAACUUCAGCGCGAACGUGGUCGUGGAAGGAAUUACUGUCAAUUUAGGGCUUUGGGAUACUGCUGGCCAAGAGGAUUACAACAGAUUGAGGCCGUUGAGCUAUCGAGGGGCGGAUGUCUUUGUGCUCGCUUUCUCCUUGGUGAGUCGGGCGAGCUAUGAAAAUGUUAUGAAGAAGUGGAUACCUGAACUUAAUCAUUAUGCGCCUGGAGUCCCUGUGGUCUUGGUAGGCACUAAGUUGGAUCUUCGUGAAGAUAAGUACUAUUUGACAGAUCAUCCUGGUAUGGUGCCUGUUACUACUGCACAGGGAGAGGAACUCCGUAAGCAGAUUGGGGCUGCAUAUUACAUAGAAUGCAGUUCAAAAACUCAGCAGAAUGUCAAGGCAGUUUUUGAUGCUGCCAUCAAAGUAGUUAUUCAACCUCCCACCAGAAAGAAAGACAAAAAGAAGAAAAAACCACGGCAUAGGUGUUUACUAAUCAGGAACGUUUUAUGCGGUAGGAAACUUGUAUGCUUCAAGUGAAAGCACUCUCAGUGGUUAAUAAAAUCUUUCCCUAAUGCUUGUAUCCUGAGCUGAAGUUUGAGAAUGCAUCAGAUCAAGUUUGACAGUGCUGGAGUUCCAUAUAUAUGCAAGCUGCUCAAUCUUAGAAAAUGGGCAUGUUAACUUUGAAGGUUUGUAGAUGUUUUUUCUACUUAUAGGAUUGGCUUUUGUUGUAAUUAAGGCUUCCUUGCAAUGAUAAUUGGUUUAAACUUCAAGUUUAACCUGAAAUAACAUGUUUGUGUCAAUGAGUUCCUGUAGUAGGAGUGAAUUUGAGAUUGUAAAGGCAAAAUUUAUUGUGUCAAGAUAAUUUGUUUAAACCAAAUGAAACCAUGCUAUAAGCGUGCUAGAAAUGUGAUUGUUGUGAUUAAUGUGAUUGUUGUGAUUA